CUGUCUUUUAAACAAAAGUAUAGACGAAAACUAUAUACCAUUUAUAAGCUGGAUAUAGUAAGUCUAGUUGUCAGAAGCAACGUAAACAUGUCGGGUCUCCUGGAACCAACUUUGUACAUCAUCAAGGGCAUUGCCAUCCUUGACAAUGAUGGGAACAGGUUGCUUGCGAAGUACUACGACCCAAACGUCUUCCCAACAGUAAAGGAAGAGAAGAAAUUUGAAAAGAAUCUCUUCCAGAAAACACACAGAGCCAAUGCAGAGGUCAUCAUGCUCGAUCGUCUUACCUGUGUCUACCGCUCAAAUGUUGAUCUUUUCUUCUAUGUCAUGGGCUAUUCACAUGAAAAUGAGCUCAUAUUGGUGUCAGUGUUGAGUUGUCUCUAUGACGCAGUCUCAGCUAUCUUGAGAAAAAAUGUUGAAAAGCGGACCCUGUUGGACAACCUUGACAUUAUUAUGUUGGCUGUAGAUGAGAUCUGUGAUGGAGGGAUUCCUUUGGAGACCGACGCUCAAGUUGUUAGUCAGCGUGUGGCACUAAGGCUGGAGGAGAGCCCAUUCAACGACCAGACUGUCACACAGCAAGUGCGCCAGAAACUCGAGUCCACAACAGGCGCGGUUCUUCAGUCUGCCCGUGAACAGCUGAAGUGGUCGCUGCUCAAGUGAUGAAGAGACCGCCAGAGGAAGAAUUGAAGAGAACCAUAUGGAUAUGAAUGUGUAUAGUCCUUUGGUCCAGUUAUUUUGACUUAUAGAUUUAUGGGGUGUUUUAAGUGGCUGUAUUCUUUAUAAUGAGUUAUGUUGUUAUUGAAGAAUGUGUUUAUGUUGAUUUCACUUUCAUGAAGGUAGAAGGAAAAGGCAUGUAGACACAUUUGAGAAAGAUGUGACAUUGCUUAUAAUUUUUAUGUAUUAUAUUUAUUUUCUUUAUGAAUAUAAUUUUAGUAUGAUUUCCCUUCUUCCUCACCAUACAAACUUUUAAAUAUAUUGGAAAUAUAAUAGUGAUGAUGUGGAUACAUUACUGUCAUGAAAUUUGUAGUUCAAACAUUAACUUUUAGUUGUAGGAAAUAGUGUUUCAUGUUGUGCAGAAAAAUCUUGUUUACUGAAAAUAUUUCUAUCAACAUCUUUACAUAAAAGAACACCUUAAUAUAGAUGAAAAUAAACCAGUGAAACCAUGUUUUAGCAGGAUGUUUAUAAAAUCUAUCAAGUAAAAUUUUCUACAAAAUCAAUUUGUUGUUUUUACCAUGUUGUAUAGCUGUAGAGUAUAUCAUAUUUUGGAAAGUAAACAGGCUGUUAAAGUAGCACUAGAAUUAACAAAGUGUGGCAGUGACAGAACCAAGUGCUAAAGGGAGCAAAGUUGUUGUCCAAUUGUUAUGGUUAACCCAUUGGAUCUGGUUGCAUCACGGCAAUCAAAUCACCAAAAACCGGGCGUUAGGCUUACAUGAGUGCUGCUCUGCCAGGUAUGCACAAACACUGCUGUGCAGUGGCAUGAUUCUCUGCCUCCUAUUUGCAAAAUUAUUUACUCCUUUUAGGCAUAAGCAUUUUAGCUUUUUGGCCAUUUUCCAAAAGCUAUAUAUGCAUUCUCCACAUGGUAAUUGUAUUUUUGCCCCCCCCCCCUUUUAUUUAUUUAUUUGCACAGACUUGUAGACAACCUAAAAAGUAAAACAAUGUUAUUUGCCCUUUUUUUUAAUGUAAUAUUCAAUUUUCUGUAAAACAACCUGUGUCGCCACUCGUGGUGCGAGGAAUACAAUGCUGAUAAUUGUAUUCAGCUCACGGACAUUUCAUUCCACACACAUACAUCAAUAGGAAAAGUGCAAAAUUGCCAAAUGAGUAAAAAAAAAAAAAAAAAAUCAUGAUGUGAUAGUCAUGUCUCCCAGAUCCAAGAGGUUAACAGCCUACUGUAUGUUAAAUAGCUCACAAGGUAGGAAGGUAGAACACCUCUUAUGUAUCAGAACACUUGAAUUACCAGGUUAAUGAGAUAGCCGUAGAACAAUUUUUAUGAGGACACUGUUAGAGGACAGUAUGAGCCACAUCUUCCCAAAACAUUCCAUUUUGAACAUGGAUAUAGUUUGCAGAAAUAGUACACUAACACUUCUGCAUCUGGAAAGUAUCUUGUUGUGGCUCAUUUUUAAAGAUUCAGAUGGAAAUCUUACAUAGCAAUUUAAAUAAUUAAAUUGUAAGAAUCAAAAAUCUUGCAAUUCCACACUAGAGGAAAAAUAUCAAGUAUGUAAAACUUUUCCUGAACAAUACACUUCCAGCUGAAUAAAUGCUUCCUCAGAC